AGACCUGAAAUGAAACCUACCGUAUGUCUUUUCCAGCAGACUGUAAGCUACUGGAGUGAAUCUUGUCUGUAUUUGGUUCAGGGGUGAUUUUUUUUUCUACUUCUGAAAACUGAGAAGACAACAGCCAGGAUGAGCUACAGGGAUUAUAAUUUAGAUUCAUACAUUAUCCGGUACGAGGACACUUCAGUGUUUUCAUCGUGGUAUGUGAUCUUUGGAAUUGUAUUGGCUGUGGUUGUCUUGCUCCUCCUCAUCAUCUGCUGCUGCUGCUGUCCCUGCUGCUGCCUCUACCACAUGUGCUGCAAGCCGCGACCUGUGGUUGGCACCACCACCCACACCACAGUGGUGACCUCCACCCCUCAGCAGUACCCCCAGCAGACUGUGUCGAUGCACACGCCCCCUCAGCAGUACCCGGGGGGACAGUUCCAGCCUCCCCACCAGCCCAUCCCGAUGCAGUCCGGCUACCCAGCCCAGCCUUCAGCCGGUCAGCCGUACGGAGCAGGACCUCCACCAACGUACCAGGAAGCCGUCGGUCCUAUGUACCCCUCCCAGCCUCCCUACCCCUUACAGCCCGCCGCCAAGCCGCAGGCCAGUGCUCCCCCCGCCGGCCCGGACUUCCUGGCUCAGCCCGCCUACAACCCGGACUACGUGGCUCCACCACACCAGACCGGAUAGAGGAUGGAGGAGCUGCUCUCUGCUUCAGACGUGCUGCCGCAUUUUUCAACUUGGCAAAACUGGAAAUCUGCUUUUGGACUCAAGAUGAGAAAUUCCAGAUUGUCUCGAUCAAUAGUUUGUUUUUGCUUUUGUGGUAAAAAAUGAUGUUACUGCAGGAGCAGCACACCUGAAGCCGAGUGGAAACAUGUCGACACCUUCCAGACUGUAUUGCAUGGACAGAUCAUUUCCACAGACCAGCUGAUGUGGUCUUCUUUCUGUCCUCUGGAGCUUCUUAGUGACUUUAUUUCAGUCAUGAAAAGUGCUCUGUCAUUUCUCAGCCUUCUAAACGCGCCAUGAAGCCAACUUGUAUGCAUGUAUUUUAAUGUAUUUUAAUCUCCUCUCAACCUUCCAGACCUCUUUAUUCACGUAAAGUGACUGAAACUGGCCUCAGUGGUCCAGCCGCCUUUCCAGUGCCACCUUGAAAAAAACCUAAACCUUACCCCAGGGUUGGGAUUUAGGAUUUAGGGUUCAGGUUAAAGUCCUGUGCAACAUUCACCUUCAUCAACAGUCUAAUUCCACUGAGUGCAAUUCUCCUUUUGUCCACAAGGUGGCAGCCAAAGCCUUAUCAAACAUCAUAUCACGAUGAUAUGACAUACAUGGUAUGUUUCCUAACCCUAAUCCUCUCUCUCAAACCCUUUUUAAAGCAUAUUUUUAAUGACACUCUGAUUGCACGUUGGCUUCAGAUGAUACACUCUUUCCACAUUUGAGCGUCGCACAGAGAUCCUGUGCGGUUUAUUUACUGAAAAGUACAAACUCCUUUGUUGUUUUUAGUUGGAUGAACCAAUUCUCAAAUGUGCAAUAUACUGUAAGAAUGAAUUCAGACAAUUCAUACUAUAGCGUCUUUGAGUGUCCAGAAAAGCGCUGUAUGAAACCAAUGCAUUAUUAUUAUUAUUCAAUAUAUUCAACGUCUACAAAAUUAAAAUAAGGCAUCAUAUUUAAAACAAACAAAAAAAAAAUUAUUAUGUGUUUUAUGAUAAUUUUUUAAAAUCAUUUUAUGAGUAGUAUUCUGCUCUGCCCUCGUGCUUUCUGGGAAAACUGCGGCUCAUUUGCAUACCGUGUAUGUGAUUGGCUGGGGGGCGGGGUCUCAGCUGAGCGCUGUGUGAGCAGAGCACCCAGGUAAAGAGUAUAAAAGACAUGAAAUGAAGCC